UGUCGUCGUCGGUGUUUGUUUGUUUUACCCUUCUCUCUUUAUAUAAAUAAAGUGCUCUCUAUCUCUCUCUCUCUGUGUAAAGGAAUGAGAACAAGGAGAGGGUUUUGUUAUCCGAAAGUAAACAUGUGUAUAGAAAACAGACUUGUCAAGAGAAGAAAUGAUUUUUCCGGCGUCGGAGACCAUAUCGGUCGUCGGAAAAGAUCUAAACUUUCGCCGGAGGUCACUGGUCAUCAUCCUGAUCUAUUUGAUUCUUUGCCUGAUGAUCUCGUACUCUCUAUUCUCUGCAAGCUCACUUCUUCUGCUACAUCGCCCGCUGAUUUUGUUAACGUUUUGAUUACAUGCAAAAGGCUAAAUGGGUUAGGUCACCAUUCGCUUGUAUUAUCUAAAGCUUCUCAAAAAAUGAUAGCCGUGAAAGCCCAAAACUGGUCGGAAUCUGCUCAACGCUUUCUCAAACAAUGCGCCGAUGCCGGAAAUGUUGAAGCUUGUUACACCCUUGGCAUGAUUCGAUUCUACUGUUUACAAAAUCGAGGAAGUGGCGCGUCCUUGAUGGCGAAGGCGGCUAUUAGCUCUCACGCACCGUCGCUUUAUUCUCUCGCCGUUAUCCAGUUCAACGGUAGCGGUGGUUCAAAGAACGACAAGGACCUUCGCGCCGGAGUUGCUCUCUGUGCACGCGCUGCCUUCUUGGGGCACAUCGAUGCUUUGAGAGAACUUGGUCACUGCCUUCAAGAUGGGUACGGCGUGAAGCAAAACAUCGCUGAGGGUCGGCGAUUCCUCGUCCAAGCCAACGCGCGUGAGCUUGCUGCCGUUUUGUCGAUGACGCCUUCAGCUCUGACCUCCGGCGGGUGGCUGACGUGGAACCCACUCCCUCAUCACCGGCACGCAGCAGGUAGCGGGUGCCCAUUACUCAGUGAUUUCGGGUGUAAUGUUCCUGCUCCGGAAGCUCACCCAGCAAAUGUAUUUUUGACGGAAUGGUUUUCUUCAAAAGGUGGAGUACCGGGUUCGGGGCUCCGACUUUGUUCCCAUGCGGGUUGUGGAAGACCCGAAAGUAGGAGGCACGAAUUCCGUCGAUGCUCUGUUUGUGGUACGGUUAACUAUUGCUCACGCGCUUGCCAGGCGCUUGAUUGGAAGAUGCGUCACAAGGCAGAGUGUACACCGGUAGAGAGAUGGAUUGACGAAGACGGAGAAAAUGACGGUAACGCUAACGGCGAAAUUGGCGGCGAGGAUCAGAAUAUGGUGGACAGUUAAACGGCGACAGGAACAGUGUGCUUGACUGUGAAGGUGACGGUAACGGCACGUGAGUCUUAAAAUUUUACUGGCAAGUAAAAAAGUUAAAAAAAGAAAGAAAGAAGGCUAAUUUUUGGGAGGAGGAUAAUGGAAUAUAAUUAUGGUCAGUAUUUUUGUAUAGAACAAAGUAAAAAAUUCGGACGUAUGAACAGGACAACAUUCUGAAGUUUUUAAAUAUUAAAUUAGACAGUCUUUCUUUUUUAAUUUUCCAGUUAGAAAAAGAAUAGAAAUGAAUGGGCAUUAUGUGAUGGGGAAUAUGAUGAUGGCUUCUCUUUAUGGUUGCCUCCCGACCAAAUGAUAACUCUAUUCUUCAUUCAACUUCUCUUUAAAUUUACAUGAAA